AUGUCAAAAACAACUAGCCGGCCAGAUUGGGCUGACGAUGUCUCCGAGCCCGACCUCUCCGACCCCAACGCCCUUCCUGCGCCUGUUACCCGAACCAACAAAGAUGGCACUAAAACCACCAUAUCCUACCGAAUCGACGAGAACGGCCGCCGCGUGAAGACCACCCGCAGAACACGUACUACUAUCCACCGAGAACGUGUCAACCCUGCCAUCGCCGAGCGACGCUCAUGGCCCAAGUUCGGCUUGGAGAAGGGAAAGCCCAAGGGCCCUCAACCUGACACCACGAGUAUAGCUGAGAACAUGCAAUUCAGACCAAGUGUGAAUUGGAAGGCUGUCCAAGCGGAAGAGGCAAAGAGUGGGGCGAAUGUGACGUCCGAGGAGAAAGCGAAGAAGGAUGCGUUGAAGGACAAGAAGGUGAAGUGUCGAAUCUGUGGUGGUGAACAUUUCACGGCGAGGUGUCCGUAUAAGGAGACGAUGGCACCGGUUGAGGAGGGUGGGCCGGCGGUGGAUCCUCUGGCAGAGGAUGAUGAGAAGAAUGCCGCGGGAGGUCUGGGAGCUACCAGCGGAGGAUAUGUGCCUCCACAUCUGAGGAAGGGAGGAGCAGCUGGAAGCGGAGACAGGAUGGGAGGGAAGUAUGAGAGGGACGAUUUGGCUACGCUUAGGGUCACGAAUGUUUCUGAAAUGGCAGAAGAGCAAGACCUGCGCGACAUGUUCGAGCGCUUCGGCCGCGUUACUAGGGUUUUCCUUGCUAAAGACAGGGAUACUGGACGUGCAAAGGGCUUUGCUUUCAUCUCUUUCGUCGACCGAACAGAUGCCGCGAGAGCGUGCGAGAAGAUGGAUGGAUUUGGAUAUCGACAUCUCAUCUUGAGGGUGGAGUUCGCAAAGAGGACGACUUAG